GAUGGUCUAUCUGCCUGACUCUCCUUCCCUCUGCAAAGUCUCUCCUCUCACAUCACCUCAGUGCUCCGGACUCCCUGUGUGACCAUGUCUGUCAGAGCUGUGAAGACCACUGCCUUCUCCACUGUGUCAUCCUCCAGGGGCCCAUCCCAGGGCUUCAGCAGCCGCUCCUUCUCCGGCUACGGUGGCCGGAGUGUGGGUAGUGGCCGGCAGAGUUACGCUGUCCGCAGCUCCUAUGGGGGAGUGGGCAGCAGUGGUGCCUCUGUGGGCGCUGGGGGGUUCAAAGUGGUCGGAGGGUAUGUUGCUGGGGGUUCUGCUCAAAGAGGAGGUGGGGUAGAGUUUGGCUACGUGGGCUUCGGUGGAGGUGUAGGUGGCAUGGCCAAUGAAGUGGUAGCCCCCAUCACUGCAGUGACCGUGAACAAGAGCCUGUUGGCCCCCCUGAACCUGGAGAUCGACCCCACCAUCCAGGCGAUCCGCACCCAGGAGAAGGAGCAGAUCAAGACCCUGAACAACCGUUUCGCUUCCUUCAUUGACAAGGUACGCUUCCUAGAGCAGCAAAACAAAAUGCUUGAGACCAAGUGGAAACUUCUGCAGGAACAGACGACGACUCGCUCCAACAUCGAUGUCAUGUUCGAGGCCUACAUUGCCAACUUGCGUAAGCAGCUAGACAACUUGGGCCAUGAAAAAGUCAAGCUAGAGUCUGACCUGCAUCACAUGACAGGCCUGGUUGAGGACUUCAAAAACAAGUAUGAAGAUGAGAUCAACAAGCGCAAUGAGUGUGAGAACACUUUUGUCCUCACAAAGAAGGACACUGAUGCAGCCUACAUGAGCAAAGUGGAGCUGGAAGCCAAAGUGGAUGCACUGACUGAUGAGAUUGAGUUCCUGAGGCAGAUCUAUGAUGUGGAAAUCCAAGAACUACAGGGUCAGAUCAAGGACACAUCUGUUGUGGUGGAGAUGGACAACAGCCGUAACCUUGACAUGGACGCCAUCGUCGCUGAAGUGCGUGCCCAGUAUGAAGACAUCGCCAACCGUAGCAGAGCCGAGGCCGAGUCGUGGUACCAGACAAAGUAUGCAGAGAUGCAGCAGUCAGCAAACAGAUAUGGUGAUGACUUGAAGUCAACCAAGGCAGAGAUCGCUGACAUGAACCGCAGGAUAUUGAGGCUUCAGUCUGAAAUUGACAUGGUUAAAUCACAGCGAAACAAUUUGGAAGCUCAAAUCGCAGAGGCUGAGGAGCGUGGUGAGCUGGCAGUGAAGGAUGCCAAACUCCGCAUCAGAGAGCUGGAGGAAGCUCUCCAGAGAGCCAAGCAGGAUAUGGCCCUGCAAGUCCGCCAGUACCAGGAACUGAUGAAUGUGAAACUGGGCCUUGACAUUGAGAUCGCCACAUACAGGAAACUGCUGGAAGGAGAGGAGGACAGGUUGGCGACUGGAAUCAAGACCACUGUAUCCAAGCAGACUUCUGUGAACUACAGUGCCUACGGCCUGGAGAGCUCUCGCACUCCAUCCUACGUCAGCAGCUCCUUUGGUGGAGUCAAGGCCAGCAGCAGUAGCAGCAGCAGCAGCUCUGCCCUCGAGGGAGAAGCAGUGAAGAGCACCACGGUUACCAAGACGGAAACCGUGGUGAUCAAGACCGAGGAGAAGAACAAGGAGGAGGAGAAGGAGGAGAAGGAGGAGGAGCAGACAGCAACUGAGCAGCCGGACACUGAGGAGAAGAAGGAGCAGGAACAGGUGGAGGCUGAAGUUGCGGCUGAGGACUGAACCUUUCCCCUGUUUUGAUUUAUCAUUUUGGUUUUGGAGGUUAAGAAAAAGCACACCUACUUGGAUUUAUUAUCCAGUUCUUUAAUGAUUCAUUCACUAAGGUUCCCUCACCUAAAAAUGGGUGUCUCCCCACUGUCAGAGGUGCAUACACAACUUUCCUUUAGAUAUCCUUAAUGAGGAGGGGUUAACGCAUGGGUUUUUGUUCAGGUUUGCACGUUAAUAAGCUCUUUGGUGUUUACUGUAGUCCCAUCCCAUGGUUCAGUGAUCACUACACCAAACUUGUCUAACCAGCAGGUGGCGUUGUUGUAUGUGUUGUCCUCUGCUGCUCCAUCUUGUAAUUUGAGCACCUUGCAGUACUGCUGUCACAUCAUUUUCUUAGUGUAAUAGUACACUACUGAUAGGAGUAUUUCAGGAAACAUCCGUCAGUGUCUGACACCGAGCUCCUGAUACUAAACCUGCUGUACUUCAACAGUCAAGAAAACCUUUGGGUGUUACCAACAGUAGCUCCUCAUACAAAGUUUAUCUGAGCAGAAGUCAUGAAAUGUGUUUGCUCGACAAUAAAUCUUCUUUAAAAAAUG